AUGGUGGAAGCCGCCGAAAAUCGCUCCGCCUUCGCGAACACUUGCCGGAAAUCGUCUACGACGUCACAAUACCCUCGCCGGAAAUCGCCUCUCACAAGCUCCGUUUGCUCUCAAAAACUCAAGUACCUACUCCUACCGUCUCUUCCUCCUUUUUAUAGGACGAGCCUAGCAUCGGGAACCGAAACGUCACAACUCUUCGCCGCCUUGCCGACACGUGUCCCCCAUGCACAGGGGAGCCCAAGCGCUCUCACCUUCCCCUUGCGCCUACACUUCGACGUUUCGACUUCUCCAUUCCUCUCCUUUUUGAGACAACAACUUUCUUGGCAAACGGCAGGCACGCAUUGGUCUUGCUUUCACUCACCCCUCGUGCCGAACGGCAGGCACACAUGGGUCUUGUUUUCACUCACCCCUCGUGCCGAACAGCAGGCACGCACGGGUCAAUUUUCAAUCACCUCUCGUGCAGAACGGCAGGCACGCACGAGUCGAGUUUUCACUCACCUCUCAUGUCGAACGGUAGGCACGCAUGGGUCUUGUUUUCACUCACCUCUCGUGCCAAACGGCAGGCACGCAUGGGUCUUGUUUUCACUCACCUCUCGUACCGAACGGCAGGCCCCCUAA